AUGGCGAGCUCCGAACAAGGCAGCCACCCCAGCAGCAGCAGACAGACACUCAAGUCUGUGGGGAAGUCGCAGGAGUUGGAGCAGAGGGUGGCCCGCCGCCGCCUGUCACAGGCGCGUCACCGUGCCACCCUGGCGGGGCUCUUUGGCCACCUCAGGAAGACUGUGUACUUCCACUCUGAUCUCACCGCUUCCAAGUGGCAGGUUCUGAAUAAGGCAAAGAACUACAUCCAGGAACUGGAACAGACCUUGGAUAAUCUGCUGAAACUGAAAGAAUCUUACAACCUGAAGGAUGGGAACGCGAGCAGCUUGGAAGAGGUCAAGGAGGAAUACGCCCGCAUGUACGCCGCAAACCCCAGCUUGAUCUCAAAUGAAGUUCUUCUGAAAGGCUCUGCUACCUGGUACACAGUCGAGGCAGUGGGGAAAGAUGCCGGGGAGGAAGAGGAAGAGGAGGAAGAAGAGGAGGAAGAGGAGGAGGAAGAGGAAGAGGAGAAAGAGAAGAAAGUGGUAGUCUUAGAGAGCCAAGCCAUGUCACCAGACCUCCUGGAAUUUGAACGAUACCUCAACUUCUACAAGCAGACCAUGGACCUGCUGACAAGAAGCGGGAUUAUCUCUCUCCAGGACACCAUGCUGCCCCUGGUCUCUGCUGCCAUCUCCCACCUGUGGCAGAACCUCUCUGAGGAGAGGAAGACGGCUCUCCUGCAGGCCUGGUCACAGAACACCAACCUCCAGGCGCCCUCUAAGCGCUAUGCUGGGGGCAGCAUCAAUGACAGUGGACUUGACAGCCAGGGCGCCAGCUGCUCCCUCUUCUCCACCCCAGAGGAGAUGCUCUUUGAAGAUGCUUUUGAUGUGACACAUCUCCUGGAUGAAACUGAGGCUCCCAGUCCAUUGACCCCCAGUUGGCAGCUUGCCGGGGGCGAAGCCAGCACUCUGGAGGAGAAGUUUCAGCUCUACAAGCGGAUCGUCGAUUUCUUCAAAGGCCUUUGCUGUAUUAACACUGUUAUCAAGGAGGAAACAGAACUUCCUGCUAAUAAUGAGAUUAUGCUGAGGUGCCUAGAGACCUUUGACGAUGAGGAUCUGUAA